GUGACUUCCGGUGCACAGCCGGAGGGAGUGAAGCCGAGAAGGACGCUGCCAGGAGGAGGGCAGGCAAGGCUGCCAGGUUUGCCUGGUGCGAUGCGGCUGCUCCUCCUGGCGCCUCGGCGUGCCCAGACCGGCAACGGCACCACGGUCAGAAGGAUCCAAUCCCUGGAUCUAAAAAGAAACGGAAGGGAAAUGCCAGCAACAGCCACUGGGAGGGAUGCUGUGGUGAGCUGAAAGUUCUGUCGUUCUAGAAUUUGUCUGGUCCUUUUGGAGUUCAACUGGUGGUGGUUGUUGCUUGUGGAAGAGAGUUCCGCUGGUCAGUUAACAUAACCGUUGAAAACCCGGUUAAGGUUUUUUAUGGAAUGCUGCAAACUCACAGGCAGUUCACAGCUGCUCCCCGGACUGCCAGGCUGCACUGAAGAAGCUCAGAAGGGUCAGCUGUGCCAUCUUCCCCCUGAUGUCUUUUUGGACCUCCGCGUAGGGCCGAAUCAGUUUCUUCAGUCCCCGCCUGAAUGCCAGGCUGUGCGGCACAAAGGGGCCCAGGUCCACUGCCUCGUCUGCCAGCUCUGAGGGAUCACCUAGAAGCAGCUGGACAUACUUGCAUUCUCAAGGAUACCUCUGACUUCGAGUCACCAUUGACGAUCUCGGAUCUCAUCUCCUCUGAGAGCGUAGAUGCCUCUCUGGGUAUUCAUCUUUAUAGAGCUGGCAGACUGCUUCAAGGCAGCAACAUUCCUUUUGGGAUCAUCUUUGGUGGGACUGAUAUAAAUGAAGACGCUAAGCGGAAUGAGAAGUCUUGGGUGAUGGGGGCCGUGCUGGAUGAAGCCAGGUUUGCUGUGUCUUUCACAGAGGCAAUGAAAGAAACUGCUGCAGCGUACUGGCCGCCCGCCCGGAACAAAAUAUAUGUCCAGAGUCAAGGCAUUGUGACCGCUCCCAGCACAUCUUUUAACCAGAAGGCCUUUCUACAAAGGGCAGGAAUUCUCCAAGACAACAACAGUGUACAUCUCUUUCUUUUGAUAUGUGGUCUGCGAAGAGUCAAGGACCCACUUUUCUUGGUGGACGCAGUUGCAGAAUGGCACAGAAAGGAACCCGGCAUCCAUCUGAUCAUAAUUGGACCCGAGGUUGAGGCGGCGUUUGCAGAGGAAGUAAAAGAGAAAGUUAAAACGGCUGAUGGGGUGCAUUUGCUUCAGGAAAUCCCCCAGGAAGAUCUCCACGCUCUCGUGAAAGGCUGCUUUGCUGUUGUGAACAGUUCCGUUUCAGAGGGGAUGUCUGCUGCCAUCUUGGAGGCCAUGGAUUUGAACGUUCCCGUGCUGGCAAGGAAUAUCCCCGGAAAUGCUGCCAUAAUCACCCAUAAAGCAACAGGACUGUUAUAUUCAACCCCCCAGGAAUUUGUGCAGCUCUCCAAAAGUCUCAUCGGUGACCCAUCUUUGCAUAAGGAGAUUGUUCUGAGGGCAAAAGCAUACAUCACAAAGCACCACUCACCGGAAUGUGAAAGGAAAGUGUAUCAAAACCUUGUGCUGAAAUUACAGUGAAUCGCUUUGGAAUCAAAUACAGACCCCUGCAUGUCUGUUUGGGCCCCCAGCAAACUAAUGGUCUUGGUGAUUCUAUCAGUAUACAUUUUUGUUUAGGGAGUUAAACUCUGCGACGUUUUCAAGAUAUCUGCCCCCAUCUAAGAAUGAAAUGCAGUCUGCAGUCGGCAGGAAUUACUGCUUUUUCAAGAGGGCAGUGUCAACCAAUAGGGGCACUGAUUUAUAUAACUUAGGGAUGUGCAAAACAUUUUGACCGAGAAAGAUUUUUGACUCCAAAUGGGCCGCUUUGAGCUUGAAACAAAACACAGUUUAAAUAAAGGGCCUGGUCCAAGUUUGGAACAAAGGUUUCGACCAUUCGAGCACCAUUGGGCGGCCGGCUGAUGGGUUUUCUGGCACUGGCUAGGGCUGUACCCAGAACUCAGCGGGGGUGGCUUGAGGGGGUGGGGUCUCACUUUAAGGGCAGGGGAGGGUGCACUUCCUCCUCCCCCCACUUUCCCACCACCGGCGCUUGGUGUCAGUAAAAGCCUUUGGGGCGGCAGUGUACCUCCCUUUCUUGGCCGGGCAUACCAGGCACACAUUACCAGGACAGGUAUAGUGCGCCCCCCCCCCCCCACAUGGCAAUCCCCUUCUCUCCUAUAAGUGAAUGACUGCUUUUUUCCUUUUGAUAAAAGUUAGGCGUGUGCAGACUGGCUCGACUUUGAGCCGGCUCAACCUCGAACCGGUCCCGGUUUGGCUCGAGGUCGAGCUGAACCCCCCCCCCCCGGCCGGUUCAGGCCUGGUUCGGGGAUGCCGGCAACAUUGAAUUUUGUUUUUUAAAAAGAUGGACUUACCACUGCUGAGGACUUUGGCGGCCUCAGGGGAUGCUGCUGCAGCCGCGGGUGGGGGGGGGUGUCCUCUGGAAGUCCCCCCCGGCCUCCCCCCCAGUCUCCCAUGGGCCAAUUUGGCCCAUUUCAGCCCUCUGUGAGCACACAGUGGCCAUUUUCGAUGCCUCAAAAGCCCAAACCUGAAAACUGGCUUUGUGUGUACAUCCCUAGGAAAAGUGAUUCAAUUGGAACUAAACUUGUGAGAGGGCCAAAUCUGUUUACAGUUGGGCACACAGGUCAGGCAGAAGACCACCACCCUCUUCCCCCUCCUGGAGGCGGCAGGGGAAAGGCAAUAUGUUCCCAAUACAUCCUGCCAGCCAGGAAUCGAGUCUAGGGAGGCUGGAAGAAGUUCCAGAGGCCAGGCACAGUCUGGAGGAAGAGAGAAUCGAGCCUAAUUUGGAAAAGCAGGCCCAGCUCUUGAGCCACGUGAGACAGUAAGGCCAUUCACACAAUUGGAAACUGGGUGGUGACGGGUUUCCUCCCCAGGUUUGGGAGCUGUGGGCACUCCCCAGUUUUGCUUGUGUGGCAGCAAACAACUAGGCAGGAGGCUGAAGGAGUGAUCUGUGUGAGGGAGAAGCCGGAUAGGGCAGUGCCAUCCUACCCAGCAUUCAUACCCAGCAUUCUACCAGGGUAGGAGGAAAAGCUGUCCUACCCAGCUCCCCUCUCCCAUCACAAUCACUCCCCCACCCACACACACACUUAGUUGUUUGCUCACACACAAGUACAAAGCGGUAGUGUGCACAGCUCCCAAACCUGGGGAGGACCCUGGAAAAAACCUGUUUGUUUUUCCCUGCAGGGAAAAACCAGGGUUUUUUCCAGAUAAAAAUGGAAAAAACCACCUUUUCCCACCCUUGGGGCUUUUCCAGGUCUUCACAUAUCUAGUCCUAACCAGUUUUCGGUUGUCUGAAUGGCCUUAAUGUCUUUGAUGGGUGGGAGGUGGGAAAGAAGCACUAGGUGAGUGAAGUUAGGGGGGAGACUGAAACUUUCUCCUGCUGCCCCCAUCCCCUACCUGUUCAUAAUACUAGGCCACAGUGAAGCCAGGGGAAGGUGUGUCUCACUGAGCCCUUUCUCCUGAUCAGGGAGAAAGGGCUGCAUGCUUCAGGGGAGGAAGCCUGAAAAUGCCUACCUCCCCCACAGACAAUCCUCUGGUUUUCUGGCUGGGUGAACAGAUCUCUCGCCCAGACGUUUGCUGGCUGCUACUGGCAGCCGGGAGGUUUGGGAUCCGGGAGGCCCCCGGAACUUGCAUCAUGCACCUCACAAGUGUUUCCCGACACAGGCCAGGAGGCUACUCGUGUGGGAGCCGCACAGCACCAACACACGAUCAGUUAGCCAGGGAUGAGAGCAUGCACGCAGGGGCGUAGCGCCCGUUGGGCAAGGGGGUGUGAAUGUCCCUGGGCCCAGACUGGUCAGGGGGCCCACAAGGGUGCCCGCUGCCCUCCUCGCCCACCACUGCCCCACUGCUCAUACUGCCCAUAAUCUUCACCACCAGGGGGAGCAGUCCAUCCCCCGUGGCGGCGGGCAGGCUACUACCCACCCCCCCACUUCCAGCCGACCCGCGGUUUCUCUCGGUCAUGUGCACCUGUGCACUCCAGUUAUGGAUAGCAUCGUGCAUUGUGACAUCACGACACGAACUUUGUCCCUGGGCCGCCAGGCAGCUUGCUAUGCGCCUGCAUGCUCCCUACAUGGGACCAUACACGGGCUCCCUACACGGUUUGCCACCGCAUCGCCACCGGAAGCCAUGUGGCUCCCUGGCAGUUCUCAUGCACAGGCAAAAUCGGGCUGGGCUUCCUUAGCCCGGUUUUGCCUACGCCUGAGACUAGCCUCACUCUGUUCAGGGUCUACUGGGUGAACAACUGCCACCAUGACCGUGAGAAUGUACAGCACCUAGCGAUACACAUAUCCGGUGGUAUAUACAUAUGUUAGAUCAAUACUAAAUAAAUAAAUGCUGCCCUGGACAGGAUGUCACACCACUUCAAUGGUCUAGUGAAAAGCCUAUCUCAGCUGAAGUUUUUGUUUACUCAUUUAUUUAUAAAGUACUGGGAAAUGGUAGCUACCUCCAAAAAAAAAAAGGGGGGGGGGAGGAGGGGAGGAGUGAUUUCUCGAAUCUCAUAAAUCAUCUGCCCUCCAGCCAUGAGAAAUGUGGACUUCCUCAAAGGGAACUUGAAAGUAAUUUACAUUCUGCACUUCAUGCAGGCCGACCUCUUUUUUAAUUUAUCUGAAUUUCUCCGUCACUGGUAUCGUUAAGCAUCUUGUAAUAGGACGCUGUGUUUCAAAAAGAAAAUUAAAAGAAGGCUAUUAUGCCCACAAA